GUAAAAUGAUCUAUAUGUACUUGAUUGUUAUUCAUCAGCGAUAUGUUGACUUUAUAAUCAACCUUUUAUGGGCAUAUUUAGCUAAUGCCACAUCAUGUCGGGAAUCUACAUAAUAUAUACAUGUUGUCCUCAUUGUGUCUUCAAACAGUUUAUGUCAUUGAGAAAAUUGUUACAUGUGUGAGAUUUAUUUUAUCAUUUGCAAAGGGACUUAUAUAAAGGUUACAUGGUAAUCAAGUAUUCUAUAAACAUAUAUGAAAUGAGGGUCAGCCGAAUUGCUACAAAGUUUAAAUUGCUCAUUAUACUAGUUUUAGUAUGUUUAGCCAUUUGGAACAUCUAUAUGACAGCAUGGCAUAGCCAUAAAUGGAAAUUAAACACAACCCCUUCAAACCAGAUGCAGAUCAACAGGAAGGCACACGUCAGAAACCACCGUGACAGCUGGAAAACUCGUUAUCAGUUCAAACAUAGAAAUAUUCGAGACGGCACUGUACAUCAGUAUCAGGCUAUGUGCAACAAAGGGAAAAUGGUCUUAUCUCAACUAUCAUAUAAACUAUACCAAUUGAUUGAUACAACCAUGAACCCAAAGGACUGUUCAAAUGCAAGGUAUCUGUUGUGUGAAUGGCCUUUUCUUGGGGGUCUAGGAUCCCUGAUUCACCAAAUUAGCUAUUGUUUCUCCAUUGCCGUAGCGACCAGGAGGGUGCUGUUGCUUAAAAUCAAGUAUAAUUUGUAUCCAGAAUCUUGGGAACAUUACCUGUUGCAACCUAGUGUUAAAUGUUGGGAUUUCCAAAUCAGAAAUUAUACAGAUUGGUUUCAAAUGGAGAAUGGUGUAGAGAGUGAUGUCCAAGUUGUGAGAUUAUUACUGACAGAUGAUAUUGAAAUAAGGACAAAUAGAACAUGGCCCAAACCAAUUCCCGAAAAAUUCAUCGACAGUAGCGCAUUCAAGGAUAAAAUUGCACAGCAUCAUCAAUCACCAGCCUUAUGGGGAAUUGGACAAUUAAUGGCAUACUUUUUCCAACCCUCACCAUCUUACUCUCAAAGACUGGAUGAUAUUAAGAAGGCAAUUGGCUUCACACAUCCAAUUAUUGGAGUUCAUAUUAGACGGGGUGACAAGGCUUUUGAAGCUGAACCAACUCCAACAUAUAAAUACAUUGAGGCUAUUGAAUCAUACAUGAUCCAGAUGGGUUACAGGACUUCCAGUCGCAAACUGCCAUCUAUAUUCAUCGCAUCAGAUGAAAGAGAUCUGAUUUUUGAGAUCAGCAAUCAAUACACACAGUAUAAUUUUAUAUCAACACCAGAUGUUUUUUCCAAAAAACAUUUAGAUCUUAUCAUCUUUGAUAUUUUACUCCUGAAGGAAUGUGAUUAUUUCAUUGGAACAUUUUCAUCUAAUGUUGGUCGUCUUGUAUAUGAACUUCAACAAAGCAGAUAUGAGGAUGCAAGUUGCCUGGCAAAAUCACUAGAUCAUCACUAUCGUACCAUUUAUUGUUGUGGAAUAACACAAGUAGAAAUGAAAUAUUUUGAAUUUCAACCCACUUGCUCUUUUCAAACUACCAAGCAACAAUAUGAUCUGAUUGAAUCAUGCAAUAACGUCUCAGAAUUCGAUCCUUGAUCAUUUCAUUAUCCCAUCG